CCAUUCUUCUUCCCGCCGCCAAUACCAACCGCCGUCUCAACCUUUCUUUUCUAUCUCGUCACCGCUAUUGCUGCUCCAUCGUUGCUGCUUCACGGAUCAUUACCACCGCAGAAGCAGCGCCGUCAAUAAUUUCCAGCAACCAGCAACCAGCAACCAGCAGCGCCGUUAGUUGAUUGCAGCAACCAGAAGCGCCGUUACUCGAACCAGCGCUCUAAUAACCUCAAAAUCCAUCAGCUUAUUAGAGGGGCGAAACCGGUCCGGUUUGGCCAAAGUUGAAGUCGUAGUAGAAAAAUGGCGCAGUUUUGGAAACCAGGCACAGAGAAGCCUCGUCUUCUUGAAGACGAAGAAGGCGGCGUCGUUUUAUUAUCCUCUUCGUUAUCCUCCUCUUCGUCCGGUGUUUGCAGGUAUGGAUAUGUGAGUAUUGAGAAGCAGAGGCAGAGAUUGCCUGUGUACAAGUACAGAACAGCUAUUUUGUAUCUGGUUGAGACUCAUGCUACUACUAUUAUUGUUGGCGAGACUGGUAGCGGAAAAACUACGCAGAUUCCUCAGUAUCUUAAAGAAGCAGGCUGGGCUGAUGGUGGACGCCUCAUAGCUUGCACUCAACCAAGACGUUUGGCUGUUCAGGCUGUUUCUUCAAGAGUCGCUGAAGAAGUGGGGGUUAAGCUUGGAGAGGAAGUUGGCUACACAAUUCGUUUUGAGAAUCUUACAAAUUCAGAUAUAACCAAGAUAAAAUUUCUCACAGAUGGUGUAUUACUUCGAGAAAUGAUGGACGAUCCUCUUUUGACCAAAUAUAGUGUCAUAAUGGUAGAUGAGGCUCAUGAAAGGUCUAUUUCAACUGACAUUUUGUUGGGUCUACUGAAAAAGAUUCAGCGUCGUCGACCUGAGUUAAGAUUGAUCAUCUCUUCUGCUACUAUUGAGGCAAAAUCUAUCUCUGAUUUCUUCAAAGCCAGGAAAAGACGAGCAGAUGAGCUUGGUCCAAGCAAGGAACCUGCAAUUCUAUCAGUUGAGGGUAGAGGUUUUAAUGUACAAAUUCUUUACAUUGAGGAACCAAUUGCAGACUAUGUCCGGGCUACUGUUUCUACAAUAUUGUCAAUUCAUGAUCAGGAACCACCCGGUGAUAUUCUGGUAUUCCUCACUGGCCAAGAUGAUAUAGAUGCUGCUGUUCAGUUGCUUACUGAAGAAGCUCAAGCAAAUGGAAAGAAAUCUUCAGGAUUGAUUGUCCUUCCUUUGUUUUCGGGGCUGCCACGUUCAGAACAGGAUCUGGUGUUUUCACCCACUCCUCGAGGGAGGAGGAAAGUAGUCAUAUCAACCAACAUUGCUGAGACGUCAUUGACUUUGGAGGGCAUUGUCUACGUUGUUGAUAGCGGCUUCUCAAAACAGCGGUUCUACAAUCCGAUCUCAGAUGUUGAAAAUCUUGUUGUGGCACCAAUAUCGAAGGCAUCUGCUAGACAAAGGGCUGGUAGAGCUGGAAGACUACGACCUGGGAAGUGUUAUAGGUUAUAUACAGAAGAGUACUUUGUUAAUGAAAUGCCUACUCAGGGGAUCCCUGAGAUGCAGCGGUCAAAUCUUGUUUCCUCUGUGAUUCAGCUUAAAGCCUUGGGCAUAGACAAUAUACUAGGGUUUGAUUGGCCGGCAUCUCCGUCUCCAGAAACAAUGAUUCGAGCGCUUGAAGUCCUUUACUCACUGGGUGUCCUUGAUGAUGAUGCUAAACUCACUUCACCAGUUGGAUUUCAAGUAGCAGAGAUCCCACUAGAUCCACUGAUAUCAAAAAUGAUAUUAUCUUCCCACCAACUUGGAUGUUCUGAGGAGAUCAUUACCAUUGCUGCUGUUCUCUCCCUUCAGUCUAUCUGGGUUUCUACUAGAUUACAGAAGGAACUAGAUGAAGCCAAGUUGAGAUUUGCAGCUGCUGAGGGUGACCAUGUAACGUUCCUAAAUGUUUACCAAGGGUUUCUUCAAUCUGGAAAAUCGUCACAGUGGUGUCAUAAGAAUUUCGUAAAUUACCAAGCCAUGAGAAAAGUUCUUGAAGUAAGAGAACAGCUCAGAAGAGUAGCUUUAAGGAUAGGGAUAGUCUUAAAGUCAUGUGAAAGAGAUACGCUGGUUGUAAGAAAGGCCAUAACUGCUGGGUUUUUCGCAAAUGCAUGUCGUUUAGAGCCAUAUAGUCAUAAUGGGAUGUAUAAGACCAUUAGAGGUUCUCAAGAAGUCUAUAUUCAUCCAUCAUCUGUGCUAUUCAGAGUAAAUCCAAAGCUGGUUAUAUACCAUUCUCUUGUCUCGACUGAUCGACAAUAUAUGCGAAAUGUCAUAACUAUUGAUCCUUCAUGGCUAACGGAGGCUGCACCACAUUUUUUCCAGAAACAAAGAAGAGAUCCCAUUAGUCACUGAAAGCUUUUUUUGAAUAUGUAUAUAUAUUUUUAUUUAGAUGAAUACUAAUUGCUAUGCUUCUGUUUUGUAAAAUAUACAUAUCUUACUAUUAGGCUUUCUCUAGAAUGCCAAAAUGAACCAUGUUUUCA